GAGCCGUCAUUGCCGCCUUCCCAGACAGAACCGACGCAUUUCAUCUGCCAGUUCAAGUCAGCAAACCAGGACGAAUGUUCAAGAUCAAGUGACAAAGAUAAACCCGUCUCGCUCCACAUUCCUGCGACUGCUGAUGAAAAAGUUUUCUAAUCCCGUUCAUGGAUAUGCAGAAUUUCUUCUGGAUCUAGCGAAAUACCAGAAAAAGUCGAGGCACCUCGUCCGUAGCACGGUUUUUGCUCUCCAUGACGAACAUCCCGACAAGGGUAGCGGGUCGUCCUCGUUUACUUCGACGCCCGGCACCAAGGACGACGACGACGCAAGUAGCAUCAGCGGAAUUAGCAUCGAGGAUGACGUUGCGACGACAACAUGCGGUGAUUGGAUUGCAAAAGCCCUUGUUCGCACUUUCGGGCCGGAGAGCAGACUCGUCCAGUGGAAUUAUGACCCAGCAUACGUGAAGACGCUGAUGGACAACUACUUCGGUGGCUGUGUUACUGCCACAAACAAACCGCAACAGAACUACGAGAUAGGAACAAUCACACCGACGCCGGAUUGCCCGCGGUUGUUACCACCACAGCAUUACCUGCGGUACUUUCACCUUGUCAACUCUCAUGGCGGGGAAGGUGACGUCGAGGGGGCAGCCGCAGCCGCUUCUCCUACCACCGAUAGCAUGACGAGAAAAACGGUGGAAAACAGUGACAAGCGGCCUGAAGAGGUCGUCCUCUCGCAAACCUUUCCUGGUGGGCUCGCUCUUGCCGACAGCCACAGUUUCACUAGGGAUUUCACGGCAUUGUGUGGAGUUGGUCGUACCAGAUGGGAUUUGAUGACAGCGCCGAACAAUACAAAACGCGGCAGCGCGGCGGAGAGCAACGCCCUGGGAGCACUGAAUGAUAACUAUUCCGACAAGAGAGCAGACUUUCUGAAAGACGACCUCGAAAAACAAUUUCCUGAUGCGGCGAACUUCUUCAAAACUAAUAGUAGCAUCGCGUUCCGUCCGUGGCACCGCGCGGACCAGUUUCGUGGCAGCUUCACGUUUUACGAGGACGAGGCGGGGCCAUUGCAUGGUGUCUUUGACUUCAGACACUGCGGGGAUAAACUGUGCACUAAGCAGAUCCUCGGUUGGGAACAGUUAUCAGUGAUUCAAAAUGCUACGCAAACGAAGGACGAGAACAGAAAUAUAGUAGCAGUAAUAUUUACCCAAGAGCAAUUGAAAAACGCAAUACGGGAAGCAACGAAGAGUUACAGCGAGAAGGAUGACCCCGUGAAUUUGAUAACGGAAAGCUGUCGCUUCGAGGAAACGGAAAGUCAUCCGGCACGGACGACGAAUACUGCUGCAGAUGAUUCACUACCACUUCCCUUUCGGCGCGCACGAUCGUUCGAAAAUUUACUACAAAAUAAUAAUGAUACAAAACUACCCGCAUCAGCUUCACCGGAUCCGGCACGAACUAUGCCAUCUGUUCCUCAACCUCCACGAAAACAAGUCCGGCCGUCUGGGACAACCAAGAACGAUAACGCAUGGUUCGCGUAUGAGUUUUGGAAUUAUUUGGAAGGCGGCACCACUCUGUUUUAUGGUCGCGAGAAGUUCGACAACUGCUUUGGCCCGGAACAAGGGCUGAGGUACCUGCAAGAAACGGCAGACUUCCUUUCAGCACAGCAAAGGAAAGUUGUUUGCGCUUCAGCGGAGCAGAAAAGGGGAAUCCAACAGUUGUUCCAACAGUCUUGGGAGAAGUUUUUUCCGAAAAAGUGCAAGAGCGACAAGGAACACGCCCGCUAUAAUCAAACCAAGGUCGCGAUGGAAAGCAUCCUCAAGUUCAUUUAGAGCAGGCAACACCAACACGAUGAACAAGAUGAACAAAUAAGGGAUGACAAAUAAAACAAGAUGUAGUAAAUGGAGGAGUCAACGGAUGGGAAUAACUAUUAUCUGCAGUGAUGAACGUCAUCAAGAAGCACUGGAUUUAUUGUACCCGAUUCGGACAAUUGUUGUUGUUGACUACGUAGGAGGGGCGGGAAGGAUGGUAUUGUUUUCUCUUGUGUGACUCUUGCGAUUGGUGUCUAUAAUCGUAAAUGCCAAUGCCAAUAUUGUUCUCGUAGAAUGAGAUCGCACGCCAGUGGAGUUGGCUCGUUUAUUUUGCUCCCUGUCGAUGUAACGAACAGGAAGAUGAAAAGCUAUGUGGAAAAAGCAUUGCAUACCAUUGCCAUGAUGUCCUGGUCAGGUACGCAGCAAGCGCCCCAUGACCGUUUUUAUCGGAAUGUAGAUGCAAGAAACCUUCUCCUUCUAUUAUCUAUCAGGUUCCACGUGGUUCUGCAUAGCGAAGAGGUCCGCAACGAGCAAAUUGUCGACACACAUGCUCGACCCGCUGCCGCUGGAAGGCAUGUAUGACGUCCUCAAACGUUACAUUCUCAACCGUUACAUGAAUUUGUAAUGCGAGCAUAGCAAAAGUGAAAAGGGGAACGUUGCGGCCGCUUUUGCAUUACAGGUUUGGAGCAGAUUAUAAUGCUAUCUAGCGUCUCGAUGACUUGUCAUGCGAAGCAGCUUGAUGAUAGAUAGAGAUAUUGGCGCCAAUUUUGCAUUACAAAUUCACUUAACAGUUGAAAAUGUAACGCUUGAGAACCACAUAGCACGCCCUACGUAGAGCCCUCGGAACACCCAGAGUCGGAAACGGGAGAAACGAACAAGGACGACGAUCCAGAAGACGCGCCGGAGGUACCGUUUUCCCCGAAGUCGCAGCCGGGGUCCCCGAAAAGUCCGAAGAAUGCGUUUAUACCUGAUCCAGACGAAAUUGUGGUGAUGCUGUAGCAGGAGGAUGAGAGCAAUUUUCUUGUAUGAUUGGUUUCAUUUGCGCUCGUUCUGAUUGCCCCACGCCGAUGUAAAAUUGCAACGCACAAUGAAUAAGGAGAAAGUCGUUAAGAACGACAGAUAAAGCAAUACCAAUGCUGAAAACAGAUGUACCUCAAAAGCAAACUUGUUCCUUUACUGCGGGAGAUGAAGCCGCC